AUGGAAGAGUACUGUAGGGAGUUUAAGGAAGAGUACUGUAGGGAGUUUAAGGAAGACUACUGUAGGGAGUUUAAGGAAGAGUACUGUAGGGAGUUUAAGGAAGAGUACUGUAGGGAGUUUAAGGAAGACUACUGUAGGGAGUUUAAGGAAGAGUACUGUAGGGAGUUUAAGGAAGAGUACUGUAGGGAGUUUAAGGAAGAGUACUGUAGGGAGUUUAAGGAAGAGUACUGUAGGGAGUUUAAGGAAGACUACUGUAGGGAGUUUAAGGAAGAGUACUGUAGGGAGUUUAAGGAAGACUACUGUAGGGAGUUUAAGGAAGACUACUGUAGGGAGUUUAAGGAAGAGUACUGUAGGGAGUUUAAGGAGGUAUUUAUUUAA